AUGAAAUCCGUCAGUGUUUCGAGAAGCGGUACGCUUCAAGAAGAUGAAAUGCGCCGAAAUCGCAAUAUCACGAUGCUAUGCAAGAACAUUAUUGGUUGGGCUUCGAUGCUGUCGUUCACUCUGAUCAACAUGACUGUGUAUCUAACACGGACCGACGCAAAGAGGAGCCAUAUCUGUCUCUUGAGCUGUCUCACCGAUGUUGCUUGGUCGAUGUUCAUCACAAGCUGCCUGAUCAAGAAUACCACCGAGAACGUUUCACGUCCCGAGCUUGGUGAGGAGAUGUCGCGCCAUCGGUCACGCAAGGAAAUCACCCGUCAGAUCGUCGAACCCAAACCUGUCUCCAGCAGCCAGAGCAUAACGAGGAGCGAUUCUUGGUCCGAAUACAUGCAGACUCUCAGUCAGGAGAAGCACAAGAACUUUAACAUGAAUUACAUCGAGACAAGGGUGGAAACCGGCACCGCCUGGCUCGGUGUUCUGCCCGAUAUACCGGAAAAAGAUUGGAUACAACCUGCGUAG